CUUAUUUUUUCCUCUUCUAACUUGCAGUCUUUUAUUUUAACUUGGUUUAUUUUAACUUACAAUUUCUAUCUUAUUCUGAAAAUUUUCCGAAAUCUUGAUCACCACCCAGCUUUUGUUGUUGUAUAUAACAUGGAUACAACUGAAAUUGUAUCAUUUUAUCAGAAUUCACCAGACGAGCUUUAUCUGUUGUUUGAGCAGUUCUGUGACCACUUCCAUGCAACAUCAAGGAAUUCAAUGUAUAUGAAUUUCAUAUCUUCUCAUUCAAAUAAUAUCCACGCACUGGAACAGCUCCGGAGCAUUAAAGAUAAGGCAAGCAGCUCUGCACAGGCUGACAAAGCCAUUGCAGAAAUUGAGGCAAAGUGUGGCCAAAAAAUUGAAGAAUGCAAAGAAGAACAAAGGCAGCAGUUGAUGCGCAUUGAAGAUGAACACACGUUGCUCAGAUCAAAGCAUUGAGGUGUGAACUUGAAGAUGAGUGUCAGAAGCUGGAAGAGGAGUUGCAUCUUCAAAAAUCCAAAGAAGACAGGCAAAGGGCUUUGUUGCAGUUGCAGUUGAAAGUGAUGAGUGACAAGCCCAAAGAGGACCAAGAAGUGAAUUCAAAACAGGUUUACUUGUGUUUCAAUCUAUUUGUUUGUGUCUGUCUUCAAAUGGAUGCCAUAUUUGCUAAUUUUCAUGUUGGGAUACCUUUGGUAGUUUGGUUUGACAGGAUAUUCCAUUAUUUCAGAGCUUCCUAAUUUUGUCUGGUGAUGGUGUGUUUUUACAAAUGCUAAAAUUAAGAUAGACUCCAUGCUAUUACUUACUA